AUGCCGGCCGAGAACAGAGCGGCCUACGAAAAGAUAUUCAUGCAAGAAUGUCAGGGCAAGCCAUAUCUCACCGGUAUCGAGGCUGCCAUUGUUUUUCUCGACAGUCACUUGCACAAGCAUGUGCUGUCGAAUAUAUGGGAACAGGCAGAUGUCACGCGCGAUGGCAAAUUCUCUUGCGAUGAAUUCUGUCUUGCCAUGUGGCUGAUAGAUGAGGAGAAGAGAAAUCAUCCGUCCAUGUUGCAUCAUCAAAACGCGGCGCAGAUUGCACCUGCAUAUACCUUGCAUGACUCAAAUUCUAGUGCACAACCGCCAGCCUAUUCUCAGCAGCCGCAGCACGGCCUGCAACCCAUCCAUCUCCCAUACGGGGUUUCUCGACCUCCUGAGACGCUGCCACAACUGAUAGCAGCAUAUACUCCACAACAUGUCAGGAGGCGUGAGAUGCUCGAGCCCUUGAUCUGUCAAGGCUGCGAGACAGGCCUGGUACCCGGGGACAUUGCAUACUGCUGUGAUGAAUGCAAGCAUGACGCAAGAACCAUCUGCAAAUCGUGCCAUGACGGCGGCAAGCGCUGCCACCAUGAGGUUGCUCCGGAAGAGUUGGAAGCCGGCAAAGACCUCAAAAAUGAAGACCAAGACGGCGACUUUGGCUUUGGCCUCAAAUGCGAUGGAUGCAAAGCGAAGCUCAAGCAGGGCAUGCUAUGCUGGCACUGCAAGCGCUGUUUCGAUCCCAACUUCUGCAAGGACUGCUGGAGGCGGCGCGACAAGCGCUGCAAGCAUGCCGUUCAGGACAAAAUCCAGCUGCGCAGGGUAAAAAAGUCUUCAGCUACCGAAAAGAUUUUGGACGGUCUUGAAACGGUCGGUGUUAUUAUGGGAGGAUAG